UCUUCUAUAUUUUGAUGACUUCUGAUCUCCUUAUGUUACUGAUAUAUAUGCUUUGAAUGGUAAAGUACAACCUUGGUUAAUAAUUAAUGGUACUAUCAGGGAACCAAGCAUCUUUCUUACAAUUAGAAAAGUAAUGAAUUAUUAUGCAGUCACAAGCAUGAUUAUUGUGCAGUCACAAGUAAUCAAAAUUGCAAUGAAUUUGCCGCCGGAAAUCAAGUAAAUAAACAUAGCAGGGUGAGAUUUUAGAGUUCAAUCCUGUUAGUGUAACCACAAAAGAAAUAUCUAACUGUUAGUCCAAGGAUUCCAAUCAGACAUUCUAUAGGUAGCAGUUUGUGUGUUCUAACCCAGUAUUGUAUAGCGUUGCUCUAAUAUGAAAUAUCGCUGUUGAGGCCUGAGGGCAUAUAGGAUAUCAGCAUCAGAGGUACAGAAAAGGAAAUAUAAUUUGGUCAUUUUGGUUUGCACUUACUUUGUGGACAACUUAAAAAAAUCACAAGUUCAGGAAAAAAAAAAAAAAACCCUUAAAUUGUUGUUUGCUUGUAUCAUCACGGCAUAAUGUGACUACCACAUUUUAAGUUGCAAGUUCCUUGCAUCUCCCUAUCCCUCCUACUCUCUCUCUCUCUCUCUCUCCCCCUCCCUCCUAGAAAGAGAAGACAGUUACUGCGCUAACCAACAUGGUGCAAUCAAAGAAGUUCAGAGGUGUCAGGCAACGCCAUUGGGGCUCGUGGGUUUCUGAGAUUCGUCACCCAUUAUUGAAAAGAAGGGUGUGGCUUGGGACAUUUGGAACAGCUGAAGAAGCAGCAAGAGCAUAUGAUGACGCAGCCAUUUUGAUGAGUGGCAGAAACGCCAAAACAAACUUCCCAGUUGCGGAUAAUCAAAAGGGCAAUCACAUUUCUAGUUCUUCCCCAACAUUUUCUUCAGCUCUCAAUGCAAAGCUAAAGAAGUGCUGCAAGUCCCUUUCACCUUCCCUCACUUGCCUAAGGCUUGACACCGAGAAUUCCCACUUCGGAGUGUGGCAAAAGCGAGCAGGGCCUCGUUCUGAAUCAAACUGGAUUAUGACAGUUGAGUUGGAACGGAGUAAUGUUAAUGUUGUAUCUGAUUCACAAGUAGUGUCAGUGCCAGAGAAGGUUGAAAGCAAGAAUGGGUUGGAUGAGGAGCAGAAGAUUGCACUGCAGAUGAUAGAAGAGCUUCUGAAUAGGAACUGAUCUUCAAUAUCAACGCAAUUUCGCUUUCACGAGGGGCUCGUUAUUGAAAGCACCAUGCAGUCCUUUCUCGUUGCUUUUUAUUUGUUUGUUUGUCCUAAGUAGGAGUGUGGCAGUGUGCUAUAUUUAUUUCAAGAGGAUACGGGGUGCUUAUCAUUGUUUGCCACUUUUGUGUAACUUUAGUACUCUCUAUACCCUCGUUAAAAGCUAUCCAGUUAAUUGGCUUGCAAGUGGAACAAUGUUACAGUUCCAUUGCAUGCAUAAACUCUUGUGAUCAUAGAAAAAUUAUAAAUAAACUGGAUAUUUUGGCCAUUCUC